AACAGGCAGGAGGACUGAAAUUAGAAACCACCAAGGAGAGACAGAAGAAGACAGAAAUUCCAAAGAAGCAACAUAUUAGUGGGGUUUCUUGGCUUUGCUGGAUUUUAUUGCAGUGCAUCUUCAAGGGAAAAACUUGUGUUCUUUUCCACAUUUUGAAGUGGCAAUGGCUGGACGGUUUUUCUUUCAUUUUGGUUUGCAGCCUUUGGUUCUCGCUAUAUUUUGCAUCCUUUGUGCUGGACAAGGUGGAAGUGAAGAAAAGGAUAGUCAUUCAUGUUUUGGGGGUUUUGACCUGUAUUUUGUUUUGGACAAGUCCGGCAGUGUUCUUCACCAUUGGAAUGAAAUCUAUUACUUUGUUGAACAUCUGGCUCAAAGAUUCACCAGUCCACAGCUCAGAAUGUCUUUUAUAGUCUUCUCAACAAGAGGAAGCACUCUAAUGAGGCUCACAGAUGACAGAGAGCAGAUCAAAUUUGGAUUGGAGGAACUGAGGAAGGUGGUUCCUGGAGGGGAUACCUACAUGCAUGAGGGAUUUGAAAAGGCCAGUGAACAAAUUUAUCAUGAAUCCCUUCUAGGAUAUCGGACAGCUAGUGUUAUAAUUGCUCUGACAGAUGGAGAACUCCAUGAGGAUCUAUUUUAUUACUCAGAACUAGAGGCUAACAGAUCAAGAAGUUUAGGAGCCCAGGUCUAUUGUGUGGGUGUUAAAGAUUUUAAUGAGACACAGCUGGCACGGAUCGCUGACAGCAAAGACCAUGUAUUUCCUGUGAAUGGAGGAUUUGAGGCCCUGCAUGAUAUUAUAGGAUCUAUUCUGAAAAUGUCCUGCAUUGAAAUCUUAGCAGCUGAACCUUCCAGUAUAUGUGCAGGAGAGUCUUUUCAGGUUGUGGUAAGGGGUAAUGGCUUCAGAUACGCUAGAAAUGUGGACCGUGUACUCUGCAGUUUCAGAAUCAACAAGACUGAUUUCAGUGAAAAGCCAUUGGUUGUGGAAGACACAUAUCUUCUCUGCCCCGCCCCAGUGCUUCAGGAGGUUGGCAUGGAAGCUGCACUCCAAGUUAGCAUGAACGAUGGUCUGAACUUUAUCUCCAGUUCUGUCAUUAUCACCAGCAAGCACUGUUCAGAUGGAACCAUACUUGCAAUAGCCCUGCUUAUCCUUUUCCUUUUACUCGUCUUGGCUCUGCUGUGGUGGUUCUGGCCACUUUGCUGCACUGUGAUCAUUAAGGCACCACCCCCACCUCCAGAAGAAGAUAGUGAGGAGGAAGAGGAUGAUGGUCUGCCCAAAAAGAAAUGGCCCACGGUAGAUGCAUCUUACUAUGGAGGAAGAGGAGUUGGUGGAAUCAAAAGAAUGGAGGUGCGGUGGGGUGAAAAGGGUUCCACAGAAGAAGGCGCAAAAUUAGAGAAAGCAAAGAACGCAAAAGUGAAGAUGCCGGAGCAGGAAUAUGAAUUCCCAUCACCCAAAAUUCUUAACAACAGCUAUGGGAGACCAAGCUCUUCCAAUAAGUGGUAUUCUCCAAUCAAGGGGAAACUCGAUGCAUUGUGGGUCUUACUUCGGAAAGGGUACAGUCGUGUAUCCAUAAUGCGACCUCAGCCUGGAGAUAAGGGUCGAUGCAUAAAUUUCACUCGUGAGAAGAAGAUGAUGUCUCCAAGAUAUCCUCUAAAUAAUGCUCCUCUCAUGACUCCUCCAUCAAGUCCAAUCUACACCCCUCCACAAAGUCCAAUUUAUACCCCUCCACCCCCUGCCAGUCCACCACCCCAACCUUUUCACUCUCCACCCCCUACUCCUUCCCCGACUAGUGCUCUUCCACCUCCUCCAUUAUGUCAACCACCUAAUAGAGCCCCACCUCCGAGCAGACCUCCACCUCGGCCUUCCAUUUAGGAUGCUGAGUUGCCUCUUUUAUUCCCACUUUUCGAGGGGAUUUUGCCUUAAUUUACAAAAACUUGACUUGUAGGUGGACAUUGCAUUCAGCCAUUGGAUAGAUCAGGUAUAGCCCAAACCACUUUGUUAAUAACAUUCACUAGACUGAGAUGUGAAUUUAUGAACAUUCCAAAGUCCCCAUUCCCUAAUUUUGUGCAGCAGUGGUUAAAUAUGGAGUGUAUAAAUUUGGCCAACUGACCUAUACACUGGUAUCUGAUUGUACUCUACUCCCUAUAUGGAUUAAUCGUCUGCUUUUUCCAUCAAAAAAGAAAAAGGAAGCAACUCUUGCUACGCUUAAAUUGAUCUAACUGGCAACCAUAAAGGGUUGAUGGAAACUAUCAUGCCCAUCAGUAGAAUUAUUACUUUAUUUUCAAUACCUUUUUAUGAAUUUUACAGACAAAACAUUGUGAAAAUUACCCAAGUGAUCAAAUAUAUCAUAACAUUUGGAGAGCACUACAAAGCUGGCCAGCUGAGAUAUUUGUAAUUAAAUGGUGGACCUAACAAAGUUAUGAGGAUUAAAUAAAAUGGCUCAUGUUGAUAAUGUCUACGGAAGCAAUUGACCAUGAUGAUUCGGAUCAACAGAACUGAUGUGUUUUUGGAAUCUGUAUGUUACAUUGAUGAGACCAGAAUGUUAGGAGAUUGGGAUAUUCCUGGAGGAACAGCCAAUGGAAGUAUUGGUGAUAAUCAAUGGAAACUCAGUCAUUUCCAUGAAGAUGAGCCAAGCCCUUAUGGACCUGGUGUUUUACAACAGCAGAAGGCUGGACCUUUGCUUUAAUAAAACUGCUAUUGCAGUCUAUAUGAUGAAAGAUUAAGUCUAAAAAUUACGCUUUGCAAUGCGUCUCUGAUGCCUUGGGAAGCAGGAGGGGUCAUUUACUGUUUACAGUUUUUCUUGUAUUUACUUGCCUUCUCUUUUAAAAUAAUGAUUUUAUCACCUUUUGUAUUUUUAAAAUGAGACAUUGUGGGGUUUCAAUUCACAAUGACUUUUUUUUUAUUUGACUUUUCAUUGUGAAUCACAUUUAUAUUCAGUUGCAAACAUUUUCUCGUAUGAACCACAUUCAUCUGUAAAAAAAAAGGACCCUUAAAAGAUAUGACUUUACAUAGAAAGGAUAGCCUAGAAUACAAGCGCAAAUUACAGGAUAGCCUAGAAUACAAACACAAACUACAUGCUCCAACUACCCAAUAUUUGGACAGAUUCCUUAAAUGGAUAAAAUUAGGAUCAAAUUGACUGUGAAUGGUUAAUAAUUAUAUGGAAAUGUCACUUUUAUAGCAGAGAGUAAAGGGUCAUCCCAUAUAUUUGUGCUGGCAACAAACUAUGUAAUGUAAGCUAAUGACCUGAUUUUUUUUUUCAAUUCUCGUUACUCAUUUUAAUGGAAUAUGUCAGCUUUAAUGCAAUCUUUGAAUAUAUUUUAUAUUUCAGUUACCCAUUUUUUAUUUGCUGUAUCACUUUUGUUUUUAGGCCUUUCAAUGAAUUAAGCACAUCUUUAACUCACUCACAUCCUAGAUUUAUACUGAACUGCCACUUACUAUAUUUCUUUUCCCAUUAACUAGUAACACUUUUGGCAAAUAUCAAUAUAUAGACAACCGCACUAUACAGUAUAUAUAUAUAUAUAUAUCUAUAGCUUACUCUAUAUACAGCAUCUUCCCAUGGCAGUUUUGUCUAUAUUUCAGUUAUCCCUGAUGUAUAUAUUGUUUUCUGCUGUUUACGUACCCAAUAUACCAGAAAAACAGUUUUAACCUUUCUAGGUGGCAGGUAUAAAUUAUUUGUAAGCCAUUGGGGUGACACCAUUGCAAGCAGUGCUUGUCCUAUUGUACAAUUUCAUAGAAGUGUUUAACUGAUACUAGAAUGUAAUCAUAUAUGUCCUUUAACUGACGAACACCAGUUUUUUAACCACAAUAAAUGUUAACAUUUUGGGGAUUUUCCUAAAAAAAACAACAAAAGAAGGUGGGAUGUAUCUUAUUUAUUGUGAUAAAUGGAUUUUUUGUUCAACUUACACAGUUUGCCUUUGAGAUUGUAAAAUCUGAAUUAAAACUAUUAUCGAUGUA